CCGAGGUACUAUUUUGCCUUAUGGCCCCUGUUUUAACCGUGAUUUAUUAAUUUCCGCGAGUGGCCGGCUAAACUGUUGUGCUUGGGUGGCUUUCCAAGCAGCCAUGCAGAGCCGUCUUUGCAAGCAGCGCCAAGCAACAUUCCUCUCCAGAAGCAAGAAGCGAAUCUCCCUUUUGAGUUUCGGUUUCUAUUCUGUCGGAGUGAGCUCACUGCGUUGCUAUAUAAACUGAGAGAGCGAGGCAAAGGUUUGCAGACCGAGGUAGCGUCCUGCAGACUGCUGGACCGCAGGCGAGGGAAAGUUUGCUUCCUGCGAUAUUUAACCUCUCCGGGAAAGGAAAAAUGAGCCGACCCCUGAGGUCAAAGCUGGAGAGCUUGCAGUGCCAUUUCACCUGGGAUUUCGAGAUCAAGGACAAGGUGGAAGCAGUGCACAUCCUGCAGAUACUGGCCCCACAGGCCCAGCACACCCCACACCGCAAUCGAGGCGCCUACCUUGCCAUGAGGGCCUACCUCCAGCACCUGCAGGGGAACUACCAGGAGGCCCUGGACAGCCUCCGAGAAGCAGAGGGGGCUCUGAAGCGGGACCACCCUGCCAACUUCUCCCGCCAGGCCCUGGUGACCUACGGCAACUACGCCUGGGUCUACUACCGCUUGGUCAAUUAUGACAUGGUGGACCUCUACCUGGGACGCAUCCAUGACAUCUGCCGGUCCUUGGCCAGCCCAGAGGCUUACUCUGCGAUGAUCCCUGAAAUCCAGGCUCAGAAAGGCUGGUCCCUCUUGGCUGUGGGCUUCCGGAACGGGGAUGAGGCCGCAGAAUGUUUCCGGAAGGCGCUGGCGGUGGUAGAGUCCAAUGAGGAGUACCAGGCUGGACUGGCCGUCUCCGUUUUUGCCUCCUGGACUCAUUCCUCUAAUGCUGAACAACGGGAAGAAGCCCAGAAGUUGCUGGAAGAAGUCAUUGCUCGCCAGCCACAGAACUAUGAAGCCAAAGCUUAUUUGGCUCAGGUACUUAAGGAUGUGGAUACGGAAAGAGCGCUCUGCCUUGCGGACGAUGUUGCCCGGGAGAGCGUGAACCCCGAAGUCCUCCGAAACAUCUCCAAGCUGUACAAGCCGCAAUCCCUUCCCCGAACCAUUUCCAUUCUGAAGAAGGCCAUCGCCCUAGAUCCCGGCUACCAUCUCCCACACUACGACCUUGGCCUGUGCUACCUGAAGCAGUUGGGGAGCCCUCCAGGCGAUGUCAGAGAAGAAGCCGUCGAGGCUGCCAUCGAGAGCUUCAAGCGCGCGCUGGAGAAGGAUCCUUUCUCCAUCUUCACCCAGCUGAAGCUGGCGAAGGUUUACGGCGAGAGGUCGCCGGCUUACGAGGAAGAGAUCUACUUGAACCUGAUGGAGGAGCUCCCAGGAGCCAGCAAGAGAUGCCAGCAGUCGAUCUACAUAAACUGGGGGGAUUUCUUCUUCUACAAGAAGGGGAUGAAGAGUCAGGCCCUAGAGAUGUACCAGGCGGCUGCCAGGAUCCCUGGAAACCUUGCAUUUGAGAGGAAGCAGCUGGAAAUUCGCCUGGAGAGGCUGGCAAGAGUGUUCAGGGAGGACGGAGAAAUGGACCAAGCAAGAGCUAUCUACAGCUUCCUUGAAGAAACGGGGCUUCGGGUUACGAGUCAACAGGAUGGAUCAUGGAGAAGAGGUUCCUGGAGAGAGAACGGCAGGGCCCAGCAGUGAAAGACCUCCAUACACACACAUUUGCAAAGAGGCAGGGGUGUGUGGCUCUUUCCUUCCAGUUUUGGCUCUUCCUGCAGCCUCUGAGCUCCUGGAUCCUCCUCCAGGAGUUUUUGCUGGGGGAAAGCUGGUUUCCUUAAAGUUUCCUUGCAUUCCCCUCCCCGCACUAAACAGGGGGAAGCUUCCAGUUGUGUUUAUCUGCAAUAAAGUGUAGUUGUUUGUAGAAGAUGCAUUGCUUUUAUUACUAUUACUAUUCUUACUAUUUUUAGUUGCAGGCGGAAAGUCCUGGAUCCAGCAAGGGUUUAAAUCUAACGGAGGAUUCCAUUGCUGAACCAAGGAGCGAGUUUCUUUGUGGAAUAAUGGCAGUAGUUGCCACGCUAAGCACUUUCCCCCCGCACUACCAAUUCCCAUCAUCCCUAGCUAGCAGGACCAGUGGUCAAGGAUGAUGGGAGCUGUAGUCCAAAAGCAUCUGGAGACUCAAGUUUGGGAAACGCUGAGUUAGACAAAGGCUGUUGGCAGAGGAGUUCAAUGCAAGGAUCAGUUUGUUUUGUGCUUGAUUCCAAGGCUGUCAGUAUGGAAGAAGCAAGACCUUUUGGGGUGUUAAGUCUGUGAGUCCUUCCAUCCUGGGCUGAGGUUGUAUAUAUGUUGUGCAAAUAAACCAUAUAUCCUAAAGACACCACGGUCUCCACUGUCGCUCAUUCCAAGGCACGUAACAGUAUUAAGAUCAUGGUAACCACAUAUUGCUUGCCCGUCACCCUAAGGUCCCAGGGCGGGUUGCAGCCAUGGAAGUUAUUAAUAUAUCAAAAGAUGGCAUUGCACAAUAUUGCAAACAGUUUAAAGCCAAGUAGGAAUGGCCGGGGGUUGAAACAGAUUAGCCUUUGGGUCCCUUCCAACUAAUUGCACAAUUGAGGUGGGCAUUCAUAAGAGACACUUCAGGGGUCGAAAUGCCACAGGGGGUGCUUGCGCUGCAACUCUGCUGUGUCUCAGCUGCACAACAAACACCAUGGGGAACAUGGGAAGAGAGCCAUGCUUCGGGAAUGAAAUAUACUCUGAGUCGAGAGUGAAUUUCAUGCUCUUUAUUCAGCUCGUAGUCAUCAAGGAGAAGAAGAGAAGAAGAAUGCCCUUUUCCCAAAACCAUCUGCUUAUAUACAUUAUUUACACAAUGGGCUUUGCGUGAUUGGCUACUUCAGGGCUACACCUGUGGGCCAAUCAGUUUGUGGAUUGACUUC